UAACUUGGUCAGUACAACCCGUAUAUGACGACUCUACUAAUCGUAAUAAUGCAUUUUUGAUUAGAACUUAGCGUAGGUAUACACUAUAUACAUACUAAUAAUUAUAUACAUUUGCACAACUUGCACGAUGCCGUUUUUUACUGACUACGGCAAUUAUCUGCACGGGUCGGCCCCGUUCUCCUCGCAGUAUUAUAGCCAGCUACUGCCCUAUCCCGGGUCGAACACCGGUGUCCGAUCUGCACCGCGGGUGCACAUGGCCCGCAACUUCAACUCGAUCGCUGUCGAACAAACGCUGAGGGCCAUACGCAGGAGCCCGGGUGCGGUGGCCGCCCGACACUACGCCCGGCCAGUACACGUCAACACUUCGGAAAUCGACGUGACUUCACCCCGGCGACCGCGGCGGACAACCGCUACUACGGAAACCGCAGUGGACGCAAGCGGAGGCGGUGGCAACGACGGUGUCGGUGGUGGCGGCGGCGGCAGUGUCAUACACCGUGGCCGGACGGUGGUCCGGUUGCACACGAACAAGAACAAGAGGUCGGAAAAACCGGCGGAGAUCCGGCUGGAACUGACGCCAGCCGCCGACGAGACCACCGAGCCGCCGCCGCGCUGUACCGCGGGUUUGACGCUUGCAGAGGAAGGACUGGCGAAGAAGGGCACCAUAAAGCGGCACACGUCCGCUGGCGUCAAAGUGCCGGUGAACGACGACCGCCGGCCAUCCGUCACCGACGAGAUACUGCGCGAGCAGGAGGCGCUGUUCGACACGAUGAUCAUGGAGGAAAUGGAAGGGCAAGAGAAAAGGGCACGUCGCAAGAGCUACCCGGUGGAUAUGGGUUGUGGCGGCGGCGGGGUUGGGGGUGGGAAGCAGCCUCACAGGACCAGGGAAACGCGAAAGAAAUCGGUGGCCGCGGCAAUGGUGUACGGCGAGCAUCACGCGGACAAACCGGCCAAGAAUAGAGCGGGUAACUGGAAGUUGAACUACGACGUGAUCAUCGAGGAGAGCGGGAUCGAACCGGUAAGUUUUACGUUCAAGUUGAACAAUACGGCGAAAAAAGAGAGUGACGGCCGCAGCGGCGAUAACGGUAAGCUCGACGCUAACCAUAACGUAGUCAUCAGCAAGUCGCAUGAUAACGACAGUGAUAUCGGCAAAAAAAACAACAGCAAUAAAAAGCAUGCAAAAACUGUAAUUAAUAAAAAUCAGAGUAAUAACGAUAAUUCGGAAGGUGGUGCAGUUGGCGAGGAGAAGAAGACGAAAGUGGUGAAAAAGAAAAUAAUCGUCAAGAAGAAGGUGGUCAAGAAGAAAAAAAAAGAAGAGGAGGAGGAGGAGGACAAAGAGAAGGAGGAGCGAUCCGAAAACAGGCAGGACAAGCAGAAGCUGCAGAAAAAAAAGACCCCUUCACCGCAAAAAAAAGGCAGUUCGUCGAACGCUGUUGCGGCGUCCGCGGUGAUUACGCCGUUUGUUCGUGCGUCUUUCGGUAAGACGUUCAUAUCACCGUCGCAAGUGAGCAGCACGAAGAGUAAGUUCGAAAAGCCAAAGCCCAAAGUCAACCUGGAAACGCCGCCGCCUCCACCGCCUCCGCCGACCCCAAAAACGCCACUCGCCGCCGACAACGGAUCUUCGUCCGACGACGACGAAUCGUCCGGAGAAGAUGACACGUCGUCGGCGUCGUCAUCGUCGUCUUCGUCGUCGCUGUGCAGUGGCAGCAGUGGCAGCACGUUCUACGACUCGGACGAUUACGGUGACAAGAGAAUUGCAUGCAGUAAUUCUUCGUUCGAUUCUGGUUUGCCAUCCUCGCCCGUACCCGCACCAGAUCCUAUAGACUCGUCGUCGUCAUCGGACGCAGCGACAAAUUCAUAUCAAAUCGGCGGCGGCGCUGGUAACGUGGAAGGGGCUGAAAGAUCGCUCCGUUCCUACAGUUAUCGACAUCAUUCAAGGCCUAAACGGGUAGUGCCGCCGGCCACUAGCAUACCGCGGUUCCGAAAGUAUGCUGUUGACGACUUUAACUUCUUGAAAGUGCUUGGCAAAGGCAGCUUUGGAAAGGUAUUACUGGCCGAACUCAAAGGUACCGAUUACUAUUAUGCGGUCAAAUGCCUGAAAAAAGACGUAGUGCUCGAGGAUGACGAUGUCGAAUGUACGCUCAUCGAACGCAAAGUCCUUGCACUAGGAACAAACCAUCCUUACUUGUGUCAUUUGUUUUGCACCUUUCAGACCGAGUCUCAUUUGUUUUUUGUCAUGGAGUAUCUGAACGGCGGUGAUUUGAUGUUUCACAUACAACAGUCUGGACGGUUUGACGAAGGUCGAUCUCGAUUCUAUGCAUCUGAAAUAGUGUCAGGUCUCAAAUUCCUGCACAAAAAAGGCAUCGUGUACAGGGAUUUGAAGCUGGACAACAUAUUGUUAGACUUCAACGGUCACGUGCGUAUCGCUGAUUUCGGAAUGUGCAAACUUCAGAUAUACUUGGAUAAGACAGCGGAUACAUUUUGCGGUACACCUGAUUAUAUGGCGCCAGAGAUAAUCAAAGGCCAGAAAUACAAUCAAAGUGUAGACUGGUGGUCCUUUGGCAUUCUGCUGUACGAGAUGUUGGUUGGCAAAUCGCCAUUCAGUGGUUGUGACGAGGACGCCCUGUUUUGGUCUAUAUGCAACGAACAACCUCAGUAUCCAAGAUACCUGUCGGUCGAUUCUAAAUCUGUUCUGGUUGCUUUACUAGAUAAAGAUGCUUCUAAACGACUGGGGUCUUUGGAAGCUAACCAUUCGGCUGAGGAUGUGAUCAGACAUCCAUUUUUCAGUUCAAUGGACUGGUCUAAACUGGAGAGACGAGAGUUAGAACCUCCAUAUUUGCCUAGAGUUUAUCAUCCUUUGGACACUCAUUAUUUUGAUAAGCACUUUACAAAAGAGAAACCGAGACUGACACCUGUUGAAAAAACCAUACUUCAGUCGAUGGAUCAGUCUCAAUUUGAUGGGUUUACUUACACCAAUCCAAAUGUCACAGAUUCAUGAGUCAUUGAGCACCUCAAUGUUUUAUAUAAUUAAUAUAACUACAUCUUAUAAUUUUUAUAUUUGAUAAAUUCUUAUUUUUAUUCAUUUUUUUUUUUUUUGUGUAUAACUCAGUCAGUACAAAUAAGAUUGAUAGAAAAUGUUUAAAAUGUGAUACGUAAACAUAAUAAUACUAUCACCAUUUUUUAA